GCAUCAACAUUUAUUUUGCUGUUUCAUUUAUUUAUUUUUUAAGCAUUUUAACGUCGGCUGUAAUUAAUCAACAAUCAGCAAGAUUCAACAAGACAAAAGCCCCGGGUCCGUUGUACAGUCGCAUGUUUCUGUCUUUCCCCUUUGCCUCCUUCGCCUCCUUCACUGGUCAACGAAUAAAACAAAAACACAAAUAACCUUCCGUCUUUCAGUUCUUCACGCUGCGAUCGUUGUUGUCGCCUGCGAUUCUCUGGUUUUAUUGAGUGCCGAAUGGCGAUUGUGGCUGAUGCUGCAUAAAUGGAAGGAGAAAUUUCUUUACAAUUUCUCCAAAUCUAUUACAUCUUUUCUGGGGAUUAAUGUUCCGAUCCUCAAUGGUGAACCCGAAAAUCUCACAUCGUCCUUCCAUCUGCUAUAGGCCUAUACAGCCAUCUGAUUUAGCUAUUUUACAACAAAUCCACAGUGACGUAUUUCCUAUCAGGUAUGAGUCUGAGUUUUUCCAGAAUGUUGUGAAUGGACGUGAUAUUGUGUCAUGGGCAGCUGUUGAUCGUAGUCGACCCAAUGGUCGAAGUGAUGAGCUUAUUGGAUUUGUCACUGCAAGAAUUGUACUGGCAAGGGAUAGUGAGAUAGCAGAUUUGCUCAGGUAUGACUCAUCCAAGGUGGAUCAAACAUUAGUAUAUGUUCUGACACUGGGAGUAGUAGAUGCUUACAGAAAUCUUGGCAUAGCUACAGCACUUAUCCGUGAAGUUAUUAAAUAUGCUUCGAGCAUCCAAGUAUGCCGUGCAGUUUACUUGCAUGUGAUUUCUUACAAUAAUCCAGCCAUUCAUUUAUACAAGAAGAUGUCAUUCAAGUGUGUGCGGAGGUUGCAUGGGUUUUACUUGAUCAAUGGUCAGCACUACGAUUCAUAUUUGUUCGUUUACUAUGUAAAUGGUGGUCGUUCUCCUUGCUCACCAUUAGAGCUUGUGACAGUUGUUGUUAGUUGCAUGAAGAGUGGUCUGAAGUCCGUGGCUGCAAAGCUGAGGCAGAACGAAGAGAAGAUGGUAAAAUGGCAUAAAUGUAAAGAAACUCGGGGUCUUAUAUCUACACAGAAUAAGAGAACCAUUAAAACGGAGUGUUCAGGAUGUGAGUAUGUUUAGUAAGUGUAGUACCUGUGACUGACAGAUAUCAUCCAAAGAACAAAAAUGAAAAUGAAAACUGAUACAUACUCUCCUUUCUUCCCCUUCUCUCCUAAAAGAAAUAAAAAAAAGAAAGAAAGAAAAAUUGUUACCUUGUAUUAGCUUUUCAUUUGCGAAAAUUAAAUGAUUAAUUCCAAUGUGUAUUUAUUGAAAUUAUGUCUUUGUUGUGCCUUGAUUUUCA